AUGGUUGUCCCAUAUUUUUGUAACUAUCAAGUAGAUCCGUCAUUUCAAACUCUAAACCACUGUUCAACAGUUUGGGAUAAUGGUACUAAUUUAAAUGGAGCUGUUAACAGUUAUUUUUUUGACGCAAAUAAAACGUCUGUUACUCAACAGCCUCAUACAACGUGGAGUUCCAGUCGUUACGACUUUGGCUAUGCUCCAGGUGAGCCAAUUUUUGAACCUGAAGUUUUGCCGAACACCGGACAUUCAGAUACCAUACAGGUUGAACCGUCAACUAGUGCUUGCGUACCAAACAUCUAUGGAGUUUAUCCAUUAAGGAAAUGUAAACCACCUAAAAAGAACCUCAAAUAUCUACAACAGUGUCAUCAUCAACAGCAACAACAUCAUCAGCUACAACUACUUCAUCAACGCUUAGCCGUUGAACAGAAUCUCACAAACAUCGGUCCGUUACCAGGUAUCGCACCAAGAAGAGCUAACUGUAUGUUUGGGAAGACGAUGUUUUCGGAAACGGUAAAUGAAGAGCAAGGAUGUUCACUAUCAGCGCAACCUAAAACUGUGCAUUAUCGAUCACCUUAUUUAAAUAAUAAUCGAGAUUAUUAUUUGGAUUUUGACGAAAUAACCCAGAUGAAAAAAGUUAUAGACUCUUUACUGCCGAUGCAAAAAUUAUCACCUACAACAACACCGCCAACGACGACCAGUUUUACACCAGAAAUGACUAAUUACUAUGGUAAAAAUAUGUCCACAGUUUUGACAGCAGAAAGUUCUCAUUUUAAUACUGGUCGUCGUCGAAAUAUCAAUUCUGAUACCGUAUUUUUAAAAAAAACAUCUGAAAAUAGCAGUAGGCAACGGAAUGGUGGCGGUUUACUGAAGACAUUAAGUGACGCCGUCAACUUAGCUGUAUCAACUGUUGGAAGUUAUCAGGAUCUAAAUUUAUCAGCUGAAUGGUUUUGGCUUCGACGAUAUCUUUCAACACACUGGACUGUUCAGUGGGUCCGACCUUCACAGGUUUGUCUGAACCAUCUGAACCAUCACCAAAAACGCAAUCAAAACCACUGUGAAAUAAGAGGCAUCCACUUUAAGAUUAAUGAUUGCUCAGCUCAAAUAUUUCAUAGUCAACAAACGAAAGAGAGGAGUUAG